AUGUCUGGUAUCAUUGAAGCGUCCUCUGCAUUGAGGAAAAGAAAACAUCUAAAGAGAGGGAUCAAUUUCACAACUAUGGUUGUAGGUCAAUCUGGUUGUGGUAGAUCCACUUUUAUUAACACCCUGUGUGGCCAACAAGUAGUUGAUACAUCUAGUACUGUUUUAUUACCAACGGAUACAUCUACAGAAAUUGAAUUACAAUUGAGAGAAGAAACUGUUGAAUUAGAAGAUGAUGAAGGUGUAAAGAUUCAAUUGAAUAUUAUCGAUACGCCUGGGUUUGGUGAUUCAUUAGACAAUACAUCAUCAUUUGAAGUUAUUUCAGAUUAUAUUCGUCAUCAAUAUGAUGAAAUUUUAUUAGAAGAAAGCCGUGUAAGAAGAAAUCCUCGUUUUAAAGAUGGUAGAGUUCAUUGUUGUUUAUAUUUAAUUUCUCCAACGGGACAUGGUUUAAAAGAAAUGGAUGUUGAAUUUAUUCGUAAACUUGGUAGUUUAACAAAUAUUUUACCAUUAAUUGCAAAAUCUGAUUCAUUAACACCAGAAGAAUUAAAGUUAAAUAAGAAAUUAAUUAUGGAAGAUAUUGAUAGAUAUCAAUUACCAAUUUAUAAUUUUCCAUUUGAUGAAGAUGAUGUUUCACAAGAAGAUUAUGAUACAAAUACUUAUUUAAGAUCUGCAUUACCAUUUUCAAUUAUUGGCUCAAAUGAAGUCUAUGAUAUGGGUAAUUCUUUAAUGGUACGUGGUAGAAAAUAUCCUUGGGGGAUGCUUGAUGUUGAAGAUGCAACAAUUUCUGAUUUUGCAAUUUUAAGAAAUGCAUUAUUAAUUUCUCAUUUACAUGAUUUAAAGGAUUAUACACAUGAAAUAUUAUAUGAAAGAUAUAGAACUGAAGCAUUAUCAGGUGAAUCAGCUCCAUUUCCAACUUCUAUCAAUAAUAAUAAUGAAUUAGUAACAAGUCCCAUGCCACAUGGAGACUUCCAAGGUAAACCAAUGUCACCAACUUUACCAAGUGCUACUGCAUCACCUGCAAUUAAUGGAAAUGUUAGUGCACCUCGUGAUACAUAUCUUGCACGUGAAGAACAAAUAAGGUUAGAAGAAGAAAGAUUAAAGGCCUUUGAAGAAAGGGUUCAGCAAGAAUUAAUAAUGAAGAGGAAAGAAUUGUUACAAAGAGAGCAAGAAUUGAGAGAGAUCGAAGAAAGAUUAGAAAAAGAAGCUAAUUUAAAGAAAGAGACACUUGAAUGA